ACCGAGUGGGCGCAGAAGGGACCCAAAGGACAGGGCCGCCUACCCCGCCUCAGCCUCGAAUGAGAAACAAAAGCCCCUAAGGGGGUCUGGGGGUCCCGGAUGCCGCGACCCACGCUGUGGUGCUCGCGCGGACCUCGCGCCGAGCCCUGCCUUUCCCCUCCCACAGAGGGGAAACCUACAGAGCUGGGCGGCUCUGCCCCUCCUAGCUCGUCCCCGUCGCCCCCUUCUCUCCCUCAGCCCGAUGCAGGGUGCGCGCACUAGCGUGGGCGCUAAUAUUGUUUAAAGCCACAGGGAAAAUGGUGGAAAAUUCACCGUCGCCAUUGCCAGAAAGAGCGAUUUAUGGCUUUGUUCUUUUCUUAAGCUCCCAAUUUGGCUUCAUGCUGUAUCUCAUGUGGGCUUUUAUUCCUGAACCUUGGCUAAACUCCUUAGGCUUAACCUAUUGGCCUCAAAAAUACUGGGCAGUUGCAUUACCUGUCUACCUCCUCAUUACUAUAGUAAUCGGUUAUGUGCUCUUAUUUGGAGUAAACAUGAUGAGUACCGCUCCACUCAGCUCCAUUCAUACAAUCACAGAUAACUAUGCUAUAAACCAACAGCAGAAGAAAAGCCAAGAAGAGGCCAUCCCAGCAUUAAGAGAUAUCACGAUUAGUGAAGUGAACCGAAUGUUCUUCCUUUCAACUGGAGAACUUUACACCAAAAACUGAAUUGUAUCUAGACUAACACCAAACAUUUGUGAGAAGUUGUUGACUGUAAUUUUGACCAUAAGUAUUUGAACUAUCUCUCUUGUAUUUAUAUCUCUCUUGUAUUACUGAAAAUUAAAAAAAUCUGAGCUGAACUUCUCUUAGAUUAAGUUCCAUUAAUAUCAUAAAUGUUCUCAAAUAUUAGUUGUUAGUGGACAGAAUAAAAUACUGCAUUACCAUAUAGCAGACUUUUAAAGAAAUAAGUAUCAGUAAAACAAGAAGCCCCACCAGAGAGGCAUUCAUUCAUGUUGUAAUUUUCAAAGGGCAGUUUCAUCCUUCCUGCUUUUUGUUCUUAGAGGCCCAGAAUUCAAACCCUUAGAUUUAGGAGAAGAGUGGUACAUUUAAUUUAAUCUAAAAACAAACAUUUAUUGAUUACUUACUGUAUACCAGAUAUUUUUCUAGGCAUUGGUGUGUAGCAAUGAUAAGAUUAUCUCCUAAAAAGCCAACAUUUUGGAGGCAGAUUGUGACAGACUAAGCAAAUAAACAAGAAAAUGUUUGUGAUGAA